AUGUGUGACAUGGGGGGACUCGAUAACUUGGUGGCCAACACGGCCUACCUAAAAGCCCAAGGGGGUGAUGACAAGGAAAUGAAGAAACGUCGUCGAAGUCUCUCUCUACCCAAGCCAGAACAAUGUGCGGCUCUCAGGUCGACUCUGGACAAGGACUUUGAUUCCCUCUGUGAAAAGCAGCCUAUUGGAAAGAGGUUUUUUCGCCAGUACCUGGAUCAAGCGGGGCCAGAGUGCAAAGCUGCUGCAGAAUUUCUGGAUGAUCUGAACGACUGGGAAUUGUCAGAGGCCGCGGCCAAAGACAAGGCCCGUACGAAUAUCAUCAAUAAGUUCUGCAAAGAUGGCUCCAAGAGCUCCCUCACCUUCCUGACUGGAGAUGUAGCAACCAAGUGCAAAGCGGUUACUGACAAAGAUUUCGAGGAGGUGAUGGGACAGGUGAAGGAGGCCACCAAAGAGUUCCUAAAAGGCAAGCCGUUUACAGAUUACCAGACAAGCGAAUUCUUUGACAAGUUUUUGCAGUGGAAAGAGUACGAGAAACAGCCAAUCACUGACAAGUACUUUUAUGAAUUCAGGACACUUGGAAAGGGCGGAUUCGGAGAGGUGUGUGCAGUGCAGGUUAAGAACACCGGCCAGAUGUAUGCCUGCAAGAAGCUCUGCAAGAAGCGCCUCAAGAAGAAACAUGGUGAGAAAAUGGCCCUGCUAGAGAAGAAGAUCUUGGAGAAGGUCAACAGCCUGUUCAUUGUCAGCCUGGGCUAUGCUUACGACACCAAGACCCAUCUCUGUCUGGUCAUGAGCUUGAUGAAUGGAGGUGACCUCAAGUAUCACAUCUAUAACAUUGGUGAGAAGGGUAUCGAAAUGGAACGGAUCAUCUAUUAUACAGCUCAGAUUACAACCGGGAUGCUCCACCUGCAUAACAUGGACAUUGUGUACCGUGACAUGAAGCCAGAGAACGUGCUCUUAGAUAGCCAGGGCCAGUGCCGUCUUUCAGAUCUUGGUCUCGCUGUGGAGAUUCCCGUUGGAAAGACCAUCACCCAAAAGGCUGGAACAGGUGCAUAUAUGGCACCUGAAAUCCUCACUGAAACCCCAUACAGGACAUCAGUGGAUUGGUGGGCUCUUGGUUGCAGUAUCUAUGAAAUGGUAGCUGGCUACACCCCGUUCAAAGGUCCUGAAGCCAAGAAGGAGAAGGUGGAGAAGGAGGAGGUACAGAGGCGCAUCAUUAACGAGGAACCUAAGUUUGAGCACAAGAAUUUUGAUGCCCCCACCAUAGACAUCAUCAAGCAGUUCCUCAAGAAGAAGAUUGAUGAACGUCUUGGCUGCAAGGGAGAUGAUCCCAGGAAGCAUGAGUGGUUCAAGUCCAUCAACUUUGCUCGUUUGGAGGCCGGCCUUAUCGAUCCACCCUGGGUGCCCAAACCCAACGUUGUCUACGCAAAGGAUACAGGUGACAUUGCUGAGUUCUCUGAAAUCAAGGGAAUUGAGUUUGACGCAAAGGAUGAAAAAUUCUUCAAGGAGUUUAGCACAGGUGCCGUGUCCAUUGUCUGGCAAACGGAGAUGAUUGAGACUGGACUCUUUGACGAGCUCAAUGACCCCAACCGGAAAGAAUCAGCGGGUGGUUUAGAUGAUGAUAAGAAAUCGGGCACUUGCACGCUUCUGUGAGAGGACCAAUCCAGCCACCCAGUCCAGAAUUCACCAGCAAA